AUGGAUGCAAAAAGGAAGUUGCACAGAAAGAACCAUUCCUAUGCGAGAAGGAUAAGAAAAGAAGACAUACUGAGGGCAAACCCUAUCCAACAAUACGGGAACAAAAAUCAGAAGAGCAUCCCAGAGUUUAAAUCAUUCCAAACUCAAGCUCAAAGCCAGUAUGUACAGGGAGAUAAAUACUAUGGAGGCAAAGCAACUAUGAACGUUUGGAAUCCCAAUGUUCAAGAGCCUAAUGAAUUUAGUAACUCUAAAGUGUGGGUUCAAAAUGGUGGUACCAGUAAUUACGAUGGCAUUCAUGUGGGUUGGAGGGUGAAUCCAGAGCUGUCUGGAGAUAAUAACACAAGGCUUUUCACAUUUUGGACACUAACUUAAACUUGAAAUUUUACUGAUGCAGAUAAACACACCGGAUGCUAUGAUCUUCUUUGUUCUGGCUUUAUUCAAGUUAACAAUGAAAUAGCCCUCGGAGACACCAUAGAACCAUUGUCUGUCUUUGGUGAUAAUAAUUCCCAAUAUGAAAUCACCAUUCUUAUCUGGAAGGAUCCGAAGAAAGGAGAUUGGUGGAUGUCUUAUGGGAAUGAUACACGUGUGGGAUACUGGCCAGCCUGUGUGUUCUCUCGCCUCUCUGAGAGGGCAACAAAGAUAAUGUCGGGAGGUGAAGUUGUGAACUCAGAAUCUAAUGGACAACACACCACAAGACAAAUGGGAAGUGGCCAUUUUCAAGAAGGUGGUUUUGGGAAAGCUAGCUUUUUCAAGGAAAUUAGAAUUGUUAAUGGCAAUAAUCAAGCCAUCCCUCCCAAUGACAUUCACACUUACACUGACCAAUCCAACUGCUACAAUGUCCAACUUGGUACUUCUGAUAAUUGGGGCAAGUACUUUUUUGGUGGUGCUAGGAGAAACCCUGAUUGUCCAUGA